CCUCUAUGGAGCCAGCCAUGUCCCAGCAAGGCUUUGCCAGCGAGCCCCCUCCCGACGUAGACACAGAUGACUGUCUCCAGGAAUACUGCUACCUCUUCAGCGCGGACAUCCUCAAGGACAAAGUGGCGUUUGUCACCGGAGGUGGCUCUGGGAUCGGAUUCCGCAUCGCAGAGGUGCUGAUGAGGCACGGCUGCCAGACCAUCAUUGCAAGCCGGAACCUGCAGAAACUGACAGAGGCUGCCAAAAAAUUGUCAGUGGCCACGGGCCAGCGAUGCUUACCCCUCUCCCUCGACGUCAGGCAACCCCAGACAAUCAUAGCAGCUGUGGACGAAGCCCUAAAAGAGUUUUCGAGGAUCGAUAUCCUUGUUAAUAAUGCUGCUGGUAACUUUCUCUGCCCAGCUAGCGCUCUGUCCUUCAAUGCCUACAAAACCGUGAUUGACAUAGAUACUUUGGGCACAUUCAACGUGUCCAAAGUCUUGUAUGACAAGUGCCUCAGGGACCACGGUGGAGUCAUCGUGAAUAUCACCGCGACCCUCAGCUACAGAGGCCAGGCUCUCCAGGUGCAUGCUGGGACAGCGAAGGCUGCUGUAGAGGCAAUGACCAAGCAUCUGGCAGUCGAAUGGGGACCCAACAGGAUCCGAGUGAAUAGCCUGGCACCCGGUCCCAUCAUGGGCACAGAGGGCUUCCGGCGUUUGGGCGGGCGCCACGCUGAGUCGAGCGGCCUCUACCAAACCAUCCCUCUCCAGCGCAUGGGCAACAAGACGGAGAUCGCCCACAGCGUGCUGUACCUGGCGAGCCCGUUGGCCUCCUAUGUGACCGGCACGACCCUGGUGGUGGACGGGGGGAGCUGGCUGACCACCCCCAACGACUUCCCCUCUCUGUUGGGUAUAGCCUCACACUCUUCUAAGCUCUAGCUGUCUGGGCCACUGACGGAAAGCAAAACAAAUGAACAGGGAC